AUGGUGGAAUCGGUGGAAGACCUAAGUGACGACUGGAUGCUGGGAUUCCAGACCGUGGAGCUUGAGUCGGAGGAAUAUCGCGAGCUACGUGACGUGGUCGAAGCGGAAAAGGAGAAACGGCCAGAUAUCAAAGUGGUGGAUGGUUUCGUAUUUAAACGGACCAUGUCCAACAGCGAACCUGAGCUGGAGGAGAACCGCUGGAAGCUGUGGAUCCCAGCGUCGCUGACCAGCACAUUGAUAGAACAAGCACACGCGCCGCUGACAAAGGCUCAUGGAGGGAUGGCCAAAACGCUACAUCGCCUGCGGCAAUGGUUCCAUUGGCCGGGCAUGGUGUCUCAGGUACGGGGAUUCGUUCGCGACUGCCAGGUAUGCAAGGAGUCCAAACCGUUGUAUGGAGGGCCAAAGCCGGGGCUAGGAACAGAAACGGUAACGUAUCGGCCGUUCCAAAAGAUUUACAUCGACUUUCUGGGAAAAUAUCCUCGGUCUAGGAAGGGUCACGCCUACAUUUUUAUUGUGGUAGACCACUUCUCGAAGUUUGUGUUCCUCAAGGCAAUGAAGGAGGCGACCACGGUGGAAGUCGUCAAGUUCUUGACCAAAACAAUAUUCCACACGUUUGGAGUGCCGGAGAUUAUACAUUCCGACAACGGAAAGCAGUUCGUAGCGAAGCGGUUCCGGGAGAUGUCGAAUGCAGCCGAACGGGUGAACCAGUCGGUGCUCAAUGCAAUCCGGGCGUACUUGGAGGAGGAUCAUCGGGAUUUGUAUCUUCCGGAGAUCGAGGCGGCCUUGAGAAGCUCAGUGCACCAAGCGACAGGAGUAACGCCGUACUUCGCCUUGUUUGGGCAGAAUAUGUUCACCAACGGAGCUGAUUAUCAGCUGGCUCGGAGGUUACAGGCGUUGGGGGACAACGAGCUGGAGGGCCUGGGGGCAGGAGAGAGGAUGGCGCUGAUAAGGGACACGAUAAGGAAUAACUUGCAUGAGGCACACGAGAAUAGUGCAAGGUUUUUCAAUCGCCGGACACGUGAGGUAGCUUUCCGCCCCGGACAAGAAGCGUUUAGGCGAAAUCACGUAUUGAGUGAUUUCGGGAAGUGUUUUAACGCGAAAUUUGCCAGGAAAUUCCUGAAAUGCCGGAUUCGAAGACCCAUAGGCAACCACAUGUAUGAGGUGGAGGACAUGAAUGGCAAGUUGGCAGGGGUGUUCCAUGUGAAGGACCUAAAGCAAUAA